AUGUAUCCAUCCAAACAUGCUAGGGUACCUGCCCGAAUAUCGGUGACUUUGGCCCAGGUUGGUUCAUCUUUUGUCGGUGAUCGGGAACCAAUACCCUUGAUCGACGCUCAAUGGACAGUGCUGUUGGAACCGGAACUCGAUCAGGUGGAUCGGUCGAGUCGAAUGUGGAAAAUGUGGCUUCAUGACGCUGCGCAGAUCGCAAGUCGGCAACUCUUGCAGGCCCAGAUGACGGGAAUGGUUAGCGAUACGGAAGCUCCUACACUGUCCGAACUGCAAGAUGCGGGCGAAAAAGAAUGGAAAUCUGAAUACGAUCAUAUGUUGACAAGAAUAGCAGACUCUUGCGAAUUAGAGCAUCCUUGGCCUCUGGUGAAAGAAGUCAUAAAGUUGAAGAUCCGUCGAAACCUUAAGGGAGAAUCAGAAGAUGAGGCGGAUAAAGGGGAUUCUGUGAAGGACUAUGAGACCCGUAUCGGACUGGCAUUGGAUACUUUUGAUGAAGCACCGUUUACCGUGCAGCGAUUAUGCGAAUUGACUGUCCGACCAAACGAGCACCACAAGAAUGUGUGGAAAUAUCUUCGAGCUUUGGAGAAGGUGUUACUGGUUACGUCGUCCGAUAGUCCUUUGCAUUUUAGCGUGAUACGUGAUAGCCCAAUGGAAAUUGUACAAGGAAAUGGAGUACCGUCUGUUACUGAGGAAAAAGAGAUUAUCGAGGGAUCACCACCAGAAUCAUCCCCCACUGCUCCAACCGACUUGCCUACCAACGGCAACCGGGAUCUAGGGGUGCGGCCCAUGGACAUUGACUGAUGCCAAGAGGACAGGUUAACAUUGUAUAUACAUAUUAUUAUUUUCAGAAGAGUAUGAUACCUUACCAACGAAAGCUGCAGUGCAAGAUGAAAUUCCCGACUUUAAUUUAAGCAGACCUAUCACUUAAAUCUUUCGUAGCAGCGAUUCGGGCGAAUCCUGUUCUGAAAGAUUGGAUGGUGCACGCGAUCCCGUCCUGCGAUCGGUUCGUGACUGGCGUCCCUCGAUGGCAGUCGGUGUCCGAAAGACCGCUGCGGGUGGUUUUCCCGCUUCUGCUGACGGCAUCACAGGACGUGCCAAUCUUCUACUAUGGCGGGUUAAUCUCGAAUGGGUUUAUCCAUAGUAACAAAGGGGCGGAUCUUAUCUUACCUUGACGUCGUCCGAUACACAUUGCCUCUCAAAUCUGGGAGACCCAAAUUACCCAAUAAAGCCGGUGGUCCCUCGUCCGUAUCAUCAGAGUCAUCUAAGCUAAUAGCAG